GACGAGCGCAAUCUCAUCGGUGACACGGUUCGCAACAGUGCGUCACUCAAGGAUGCUUUGAUGGCUCUCGGCGAAGCCAUUCCCAAGUUCACCGUCAAAAACAGCGAGUCAUCAUAUUAUCUCAACCGAACGACGCUGCGCAACUGGUUCAAUGACCACCAACGCCUCGGUAAGGCCCUCGCCUUGGCAAAGAAGAUCGCCGCCGAUACCAGUUCAGUCGACGAGCCUCCCAGCGCCAACGACAAGGACCGCGCCGAGGUGAAGACUGCAGACGAGCUUGCCAAACUUCUUGCCGUCAGAUUGCCGGGCUUCAGCUGCGAAGACAGAGAGGCAGCUAACUACAUUCCAAGAGGCACUCUCUACAGCUGGUGUCAUCGUCAGCAGGUCAAGAACUGGUUCGGGCAAAAACUCCCACCCGCGACUUGGCAAGAGGAGCACGGCCACUACUUCGCCGUCCUCAGCAACAAGCCUAAGCAGCGGCCCGACAUGGAACCCGAAAGCGUAGACCUCGACGUCAAGUGGUUCACCAGCGGAUCCUGGACCUUCUGUCCACACUGCGGUCGACACCAAGCUCGAACAUUCACGGCGGAAUGGUCGAUCACGGACUACAAAGCUGAUCGACCCUGCAAGCCCUGCUGUGACCCGGACGCGCUCCACUUGCUGCGUUCGCCACAAUGCCAGCUGCCCUUUGGCAAACUCAUGGGCUACGUGACGCCGAUGCCGCAGAACUGGCUGCCGUGGAUUUGUCAUCUGCAGGGCAUUGGCUUGCCUCUUACGACCCUGCUUUCGGAGAAGGAGAUCCACGACUUGGCCCUCGCAGACAUCAAGGUUGACUUCGCCACGAAGCGCGGCGGACAUGCAGAGGUGGUCAGCAGGCAGAAGAAAACGGUGGUGCGCUGCGUCUGGCGACCUCGCUCGCUGCUGGAUCUCCCGCGCAGCCCCGCGGCCCAAAAAGCUUUCGAAUGGCUCAUGGACAACAACACCACAUACAGAGGAUAUGUGGAGAAGCAUCACUCACUCCUUGCGGCCGGCGAGCCAAGAGAGAUUCAGACAGCGUCAUUGCUGUUGCAAACUCCGGGAAUCGAAGUCGCCGUGCGACCAUGGCUGUAUCCGCUGACCAGCUUUGCGGACAGCGACCUGCAACUGCGGCUCCACGCACUUGGCUGGACAUCCGAGAACUCAAAGCCAAGUGUCCGAGCCGGAUUCCUUCGCAAGAUCCUGAGCCGAUGCAUGGAGUACAGUCGAGAUUAUCCUUUGAAGGCCUUGUACUACGACCUGUGCAUGGCACAUACCAUUUCGGCGGUCGUGAGCAUCGGCAUCAAGCAGAAGGUCGCCCCGGAAAUCAUUGCCAGCGACAUGGACAUCUUUGAAGGCUACUGGUACCAGCAAAUCAGAAAAAUGGAAGACAUUUGCAGGCUUGAGCACGAGCGC